GGGACUGUCACUAGCCCAUCUGUUGCCCUGACUCUUGCCCUUGGAGGAAGCCAGUCAUGGGGGAAACGGGCAAAGAAGAGUACAAAAUACAGUCAUUCGACAGCGAGACUCAGAAGCUGCUAAAAACAGCCCUCAAAGACCCCAGCAACGUGGACCUGGAGAAAGUAGCCAAUAUUAUAGUGGACCAGUCCCUCAAAGACUGUGUGUUCAGCAAGGAGGCAGGGCGCAUCUGCUACACCAUCAUCCAGGCAGAGAGCAAACAAGUCGGCCAGAGCAUCUUCCGGAGGAGCCUGCUGACCCGGCUACAGCAGGAGUACAAGGACAGGGAGGAGCUGCGCACCCGGUCGCUCCAGGCAUGGAUCUGCUACGUCACCUUCAUCUGCAACAUCUUCGACUACCUGAGGGUGAACAACAUGCCCAUGAUGGCUCUGGUGAACCCCGUUUAUGACUGUCUGUUCCGGCUGGCACAGCCCGACAGCCUGCGGAAGGAGGAAGAGGUGGACUGCCUGGUCCUACAGCUCCAUCGCAUCGGCGAGCAGCUGGAGAAGAUGAACUCCCAGCGGAUGGAUGAGCUCUUCUCCCUCCUCCGAGAUGGCUUCCUUCUGCAGGAGGGGCUCAGCUCCCUGUCCCAGCUCCUACUGCUGGAGAUCAUUGAGUUUCGGGCUGCCGACUGGAAGAUGACGGACGCUGCCCAGAAAUACUAUUACAGCGAAGUGAUGGAUUAACCUCCCUACAGCAGAGGCAGAGAGAUGUCCCCAGCACUUUCACCAGCAGGCUUCAUACCAAGUUUGAAUUUCUUUUCACGUUCAUGUUUUUCUAGCACUCCUGUAAAUAGGAUUUAUAGGGGCUAGAGCCUCUGGGCACAUAACUGUCAGGCCACAACUGGUGCUAGCCUGGCUCUGGAGGUUUGGAGAGGUGGGAAGGGCA